CGGGUGGUGAUUGUUCGAAAAUGGAUCGAAUUGCGUCUGCGACCUUCUCUUGCCCUGCGAUUUCAAUGUCUCGCGUCUGUAGAGUCAACCCUUUUGGCUUAAACAUUAAAACCAAUCAUAGAAAGAGAUUCUCGUGUCAUAUAGCUGUAACUUCUGGAGAGACGACGGCUCGGGUCGUCGUAGACAAUGAACUUGACUUAGAACACAAGAAACACGAUCUACUGAGAGCUGUUCAAGACACUCAACGAGGACUCACUGCCACUUCUGAUCAACGAUCUAUCAUCGAGGAGGCUCUGGUGACUGUGGAAGGGUUUAAUGGCGGUGAAGAAAUUGAUCUAGUGAAGUUAGAUGGAACAUGGAGGCUACAAUAUACUUCUGCACCUGAUGUUGUUGUUCUGUUUGAAGCUGCUUCAAGACUUCCCUUCUUUCAGGUGGGGCAGGUCUUCCAGAAGUUUGAGUGCAGAGAUCGAUCAGACGGUGGGAUCAUUCGGAAUGUUGUUCAGUGGAGUCUUCCAAACUUGUUGGAGGAGCAAGAAGGUGCAACACUUGUUGUUACCGCGAAAUUCGAUAAGGUCUCUAGUCGAAACAUCUACCUUCAGUUUGAAGAGAUAAGUGUUAGAAACAUUAACAUCAAUGAGCAGCUUCAAGCUCUUAUCGCACCUGCAAUACUUCCACGCUCAUUUCUAAGCCUACAGCUUUUGCAGUUUAUCCGUACUUUCAAAGCUCAGAUUCCAGUAACCGCAACCAGCCCAGGAAGGAGAUCUGUAGGUGGACUGUAUUACCUGUCGUAUCUCGAUAAUAACAUGCUUUUGGGUCGGUCUGUAGGAGGAGGAGGGGUAUUUAUCUUUACAAAAUCUCAACCCCUCGAGCUGUGAGAAUCAGACAAAUCUAUAAACCUCUGUUUUUAAC